UCGAUACGAUCAUCAUGAAAAACGUAUUCCUUUUUAUUUUCUACUGUUUGAUAAGCACCGGUUUUGCUAAGCCGCCAGUGUUCCUAAACUAUCAAGAUAGCCUGGGCCAAUACAGUUUCGGCUAUAGCGCGCCAGGAUCAGCCAGAUCGGAGGUCAGAACAUCCAAUGGUGCGACCAGAGGCACUUACAGCUACGUCGACGGAACUGGUGUCAUCCAGACUGCGCAAUAUUUCGCCGACAGCGAGAAUGGAUUUCAAGUAAUCGCGACGAAUCUCCCGCAGGCACCGCUUCCGGUCCAAGACACACCGGAAGUGAUGGCUGCGCGCACUGCGCAUCUUCAGGCUUUGGAACUGGCACUCAAGAGAGACGAAGAGGCUCAGCAUCGUGAAGAGAAUCGGGAGAAUGCGCUCGAGAAGAAAAUCGUGGGAGAUCAAGGUGAUGCGGAUCUCUAUAGAAAGUUAGGACAGUUGGGAGCUACGAAAAUUGCAUUGAACGAAGGGGAGCGAAAAGUGUUGGAGAACGCGAAGAAUAUCGAGCCGAAGGACAGCGACGAGACUCUGCAAGCAAUUGCUUCGAAAAGCAGCAUUGACAAAGCAAGCGAGAAGAGCAUGCAAAAGGAAUUCGUUGGAAGAUUAUCGCAGGAAAUUAUCGAUGGCUCAAAUAUCCCAGCGAUCCCAAUAAUCUACUCGCACGUGCCGCAAUUUCAGGUGUCGAGACAACAGGCGGUGCCAAUAUUUCGGAUCUCUUAUGGAAACUAUGAUCUGGAGCCUUCCAUCAUAUCGAAGUCAUCGAUCACUCAAGGCGCUUCCGGUAUAAUCACACCAGCGGUAACGGCCUUGAAGAGUGCAACAGUGAUUUCGACCAAAGAAGCAGAGACGCCGAAGAAAAAGCAACUGUCUCAACGUACGACUAGUACGACCGAACAAAUUCGCACCGUCAAUCCUUUGUCGAUCGCACCGCUGAGCACGAUUCCACUAAGUUUCUCGCAGUCGAGCAUCGUCAGAUACGUACCAUCAACGCCUCUCCAUUAUGUCACAUACAACGUUCUGUAGACAUCUUAGAAAUAGCCUGGAAAUCCGAUCCACAGAAAGCUAAAAUUGCAUUAAUUGGAAUUCUGACAAAAUAUAGACAAUCGGAAUUUUCUGAUUAAUUCUACCAGAAUUCUGAUUGAUAUAUGAUCAAAAUCUUUUGAUUCAUUCAUUUUCAAUCAGAACUUUUUCUCACUGACUGGAACAAAAAGCUCGAAUCGAUCUGAAAUAAUUAAAUUGGAUUGGGGACUCUCUUUUUUUGCGUUUGUCAAGAUAUUUUUAUUCUUCUUUACAAAAUAAUGCAGGAUGCUGUCGGACAAUACAACGGAGUAGUACACGUAUACGAUCGAUACUAAGGAUAAAGGACAAUUAAAAUCAGCAUCGUCGUCGCCAUCACCGCCAUCGUCAUGGAGAUUGAUAUAGUGUGAGAAGUAAUGUUAAGUGUAUAAAUGAGAUAUAUUAAAUAGUAAGACUUAAAG